AGAUUUUAUUUAGCUGCUGUUUCUGUGUUUGUUUGUAUAUAUAAUACUGUUUUUAGUUUAUUGCUUUAUGGUGACACUGUAAUCGUGGCGGUAGAGAGCAGUAUGAGCUGUUUUCACCGGUAACGCUGCCGUUGUUCAGCGUAGAAGAAGAAAGAAAGAAAGAAAACAACAUGGCGGCGUCCACAGAACACGUUGAAGCCGCAUCUGCAGUGACAGAUCCUCCAGAAGUGGACAAAACAGAAGCUCCAGAAACCACCGGAGACCCAGACACCUCAGACUCAGAACAGGCAGGUCAGGAUCCAGACUCGGAUCCGGAUGAGGACGAGCACGAGCCGCCCGGGCCGAAGAUCCGAGAAACCCCGGAGGACAUCCGGCUGGAGGCGAUCGCCAAUACGGUGGCGUUUCACCCGAGCAGGGACAUCCUGGUGUGCGGGGACGUGGACGGGGACGUGUACGCCUACUCCUACUCGUGCACGGAGGGAGAGAACCGGGAGCUGUGGUCGUCCGGACACCACAUGAAGUCCUGCCGCCAGGUGCGCUUCUCCGCGGACGGACUGAAGCUCUACAGCGUCUCCCGGGACAAGGCCGUCCACCUGCUGGACGCGGAGCGGGGACAGCUGGUCACGAGGAUCCGCGGGGCGCACGGGGCCCCCAUCAACAGUCUGCUGCUGGUGGACGAGAACAUCCUGGCGACCGGGGACGACGGGGGCACCCUCAAGGUGUGGGAUAUGAGGAAGGGGACGGCCGUCAUGGACCUGAAACACCACGAGGACUACAUCAGUGACAUCACUGUGGACCAGGCCAAGAGGAUCCUACUCACCACCAGUGGCGAUGGUACCAUGGGCGUCUUCAACAUCAAGAGGCGGAGGUUCGAGCUGCUGUCGGAGUACCAGAGUGGCGAUCUGACCUCGGUGGUGCUGAUGAAGCGGGGCAGGAAGGUGGUUUGCGGCUCCAGCGAGGGGACCAUCUACAUCUUCAACUGGAACGGCUUCGGAGCCACCAGCGAUCGCUUCGCCAUCAAGGCCGAGUCGGUGGAGUGCAUCGUGCCCGUCACCGACAACAUCAUGUGCACGGCCUCCAUGGACGGGUACAUUCGAGCCAUCAACCUCCUUCCCAACCGGGUCAUCGGCUGCAUCGGGCAGCACGUCGGCGAACCCGUCGAAGAGCUCGCCAAGUCCUGGGACUCGCGCUUCCUGGCCAGCAGCGCCCACGACCAGCUCAUCAAGUUCUGGGACAUUUCGAGUUUGCCCAACGCGACUGUCCACGAAUACCGCAAGAGGAAGAAGAAAGACGGCCGAAUGAAGUCUCUCACCAAGAAAGCCCUCGGAGACAACGACUUCUUCUCGGGACUUGUAGAGGAGACGGAAAAGAAGAAGGAGGAGGAGGAAGAGGAGGAAGAGGAGGACAGCGACAGCGACAGUGGCAGCGACUGAAAAGCAGUCCUGCCUGCGGACAGUUUGAAGGGACGUGUCUACUGUUUGUUGGAGGCUUUCAUCCAAAGUGUCUGGAGUAUGUGCACUAGCAUGGACGGCUAACAUUAGCAGGUACUGGACCUCGUUGCUGCCUCGGUUUUGAUACGACUUUGACCUAGAAACAAACCGCCAUUGGCGACUCUGUGGAUGAGGUUCAUUUCCUCACGGACACAAAUACGUGGUGGGAUGAACAGUGAAUGUCCCAGAAAAGCGCACACUCUUUCCUUCAGAAAUACUCAUACUGAACCAAAUAUAAGAACAAAUGAUCAGACACUAAAAUAAUGGGAAAUAAUAGGGCUGGGUAUCAAACCUUCAGUACUUUAUUGGUAGAGACCAAAUGUGUCCAACAGACUUAUAAUCUUAUUUACAAUUUCAAACGAUAACCAGCCCUAUGCUAACGGGCUUGUUAAAGACGUUUUAGCGGCAUUUUUAGCCGGUCUGCUGGGUAAAUUUGUGAUUAAUUUGUAUUAACAUUAAAAUUGUUUUUGUUUUGUUUUUUUCAAUA